GAGGGUUCUUAUUUGCUUCACUUUCACAGGAAUUUAGAUUUGCUUCACUUUCACAGGGAUUCAGAUUUUCUUCACUUUCACAGGGAUUCGGAUUUGCAUCACUUUCACAGGGAUUCAGAUUUUCUUCACUUUCACAGAGAUUCGGAUUUGCAUCACUUUCACAGGCGUUCAAAUUUGCUUCACUUUCAUAG